GCUGAGAAGGGACCAUUAGUAACCACUGAACGAUCAAGACACCAAACCUAUCAAUCUGCCAAAAUGAAGUUUACUUCCACCAUUAUCCUUUCAUCUUUGCUCUCUGGAGUUUCUGCAUUCGUUCCUGUUGCAAGACCUACCGUUGCUACAUCAUCUUUGGCUGCGACCGGUGUCGACGACAAAACCGAAGUCCGCGAAUAUUUCAACACGGAAGGAUUCAACAGAUGGAAUAAAAUCUACUCCGACAGUGAUGAAGUCAACUCGGUUCAAUUGGACAUUCGCACUGGUCACGACCAAACUAUCCAAAAGAUUUUGAACUGGGUCCAAGACGAUGGUGAUAUCAGUGGAAAAUCAGUGUGUGAUUGCGGUUGCGGUGUCGGAAGUUUGGCAAUUCCAUUGGCGCAAAUGGGUAAGCAUUUGUCGUGUAUAAUCAUCAUGGUCUCUUACCUUCAAAUCCGAUGUCGGCAACCUGUCUCUAACUUCAUUUCCGAAAUGUUUGACAGGAGCCAAGAUCUCAGCCAGUGAUAUCUCUGAUUCAAUGGCCAAUGAGGCCGCAAGACGUGCUAAAGAAAUGGGACUCGAAGCAAAAUUUUACACGUCCGAUUUGGAAUCUGUGUCAGGAAAGUAUGACACCGUCACUUGCGUUGACGUUGCCAUCCAUUACCCCACGGAUAAAAUGGCUGAAAUGGUCGGUCACUUGUGUUCCCUUGCAGAAGAUCGUGUUAUUAUCUCUUUUGCACCGAAGACAUGGUAUUAUUCCUUCUUGAAGAAGGUUGGUGAGCUCUUCCCCGGACCCAGUAAAACGACACGCGCUUACUUGCAUGAGGAAGAAGUUGUUCGCAAUGCUUUGAAGAAAGCCGGCUUCGAAGUUGCACGGGAAGAAAUGACAGGGACCAACUUCUACUUUUCCAGAUUGUUGGAAGCUAAGAGAGUAUAAAGCAUAGCUGAUAACAUUCCUU